AUGCAGACGUAUUCGGAUCAAGUGAUUCUCUCGAUUCGGACUUCCGGAGUCUUCGCUCUAGCGUGCUCUUCAUUGACUUCGUGCUCGUCGUUGCUCUUGCCACCACAUUCUUGGUUAGUUACCUGCACCGUUUCAAAGUACUCAUAUCCAUUUCUAGGCCAUCUCUCAUCUACAUUCAAGACAAAUCUUUAAUGCUUCCACUAGUUACCUUCUCAUUUUCGAUCUCAUCAUCAUCAAUGUGCACAAUUUGUCGUAUCAAUGCUCCAGGUAUCUAAAUAAGCCCCCCAUCCCUCGGAAUUCUCUCUUCAUUUCAGAAUUGGUCACUUUACCGUUCCUAUUUCUCCAAUCGUAACGCCAAAGAUAUAAUGUUCGGAAGUGAGGAGUGCUGGCCUUACCACGUGGCGAAUGAGUACACAAAAACAGUGACACUUUUUGUUCAGUUUGCACUUAUUAUCAACCGGAUAUCAGUAGCCGUAAAACCGGAAAAGUACUCGAAAACAGGCUACGGGCUUCUGCUCAGUGCUGCAACAGUAAGUGACCGUUUCGUACGAUUUCAACGUUCCUUUUCAUCUCAGAUAUGCGUAAGUGCCCUGUUCACAGUCAGAGAACACUACCGAGGACCUUUGAUAGGCAUGAAAACGACAAGCUGUUUCCGAGAAUCCGAUGUGAUUGUAGAUCUUCAUACGUUCGUAGAAGUACAUUGUUCAAAUAAUCGUUCAUUUUUUCAGAGAACACAUAAUCCCGUACAUCGCCAUUUGUUCCGUCUCAAUUCUCUGCUCUUUGCUCUUAAUUGCAUAUGUAAAAUUGACUCAGAAAAGGUAAUUCGAUCAUUUUCCCUUACGCCACUUCAAAUGAUCGUAACAGUUAUUUCAGUAAAACGUACAACGUGGCAUCGCAAUACAUGCGCAAGGAGUCGAUAAUAUCCACAACAGUUGUGGCCCUCAUCGGUUCAAUUCAACUGGCCACGUUUGCGAUCUACGACCUCGCGCUCGCAAUCUUUUCCCAUUUAUCCGAGUUGGACCCGAGCGAUCAUGACACAAACGUGAUUGGAUGGCUAUACGUAAGUGCGGAAUGUGCUAGAAUUGCAUUAAAAAGUAUACUAAUAAGGUAAACGAGUGGAAGCAUAGCUCAAGAAAGGGCGCAUUUGAGCACGUAGAUCAACGAUUUGGUGCCAUUCUUUUUGUUAUCCGUUUUGAAGAGGCGUCUAAUUGCUGAGUGUAAAGUAUAGAGAUUUUCUGAUUCGUCAACCAAAACUUGAAAUCAAAAGUGUAUAAUCUUAUUUGUUUACUUUCGAGUUGUCAGUGCUACAAAUAGUCGUUUUCAGACGGGUCCAUUCAACGCAGUCAUCUCCCCGUCCGUCGUUCUCGCCUACAUCUAUUUCAUAAAGCGGACUCGAAAGUGCAAGAUAAAGACUCUGACAAAGCAUACAUCGAAUCAUCUUGACCUGCUUUACAUGUCAUGGAAUAAAGUUUGA